ACGUCUAAAGUGACAAAUAACGAAAUAACAGAACGACUUCCAUAUGUUUGAAUAUUUUUGAUUAUUCACUUUCGUUCAUAACAAACAAUAAUUGUAAUACAUCCCAACAUCCGAUUCUUCCAGUAACUCAUUUUGUGAAAAAUGACCGAGUGGGAAGAAGUCAAACGCUUAGCAGCUGAUUUUCAAAAAGUCCAACUUGGCAGUUCCACCCAAAGGUUGUCUGAACGAAACUGCAUAGAAAUAAUAUCAUGGUUGAGAGAAAAGAAUAUGAUUGAUUUAAUUUUCUCAUCAGAUGGUAAAGAAUGUCUUACGCCAGAUCAGCUGUUGAGAGAAAUGCAAGAUGAGAUUUAUGGAAGCGGGGGAAGAAUAGAUAUUGUAGAUUUAGCGAAAACGAUAGGUGUCGAUUUAGCUCACAUCAAUAAUCACUUGAAUUCAUUACUUAAGCAUCAGAAAAAUUUACAUUUUAUUGUGGGACAACUGAUUGAUUCUACUUAUAUUAACAAGAUCGUAAUGGAAAUAAAUGAGAAACUGACUGCACAAGGUCAAAUUAACGUCAACGAUUUAUCUAUACAUUACGAUCUACCUGGAGAAUUUUUACAACAAAUUUUAGAGAAAAAUCUGAACAAAUCAUUGUUUGGAAAACAAGAUAAAAAUGAUCCAAAAGUUUUCUUCACAGAAUAUUUUAUAGCAAGGAAUGUUGCUAAAAUGAGGGGCGCUCUUUUUGGACUCACAAAACCCACACCAGUCGCUUCCAUUUUAUAUCAAAUUGAAGUUGCUGAAAAGUUAUUUUUCAGUCUGUUCGAUCAGACCUUAGCCUGUGGGUCUCUUACUAGCCGCCUAGUUGGAGCUCAGUAUAUUCCAGAUGUACAUUCCAAGUCAGUGCAUAAAUGGGUUUCUGAUUUCUUUUCGCAGAAUUCAUACUUAGAAUAUGAUACUCUCAAAAAAUUGGGGAUAUCUGACUAUGAAUCUUAUGUCAAGAAGCUAUUCAAAUCAGAAAAAAUAAUACUUUUAGAUUCUUGCCUCAUUUCCAAUGACUUGUUGGAUAGAUUGCUGGAUGAAGUUGAAGAUUGUAUCAGUAGUAUGACAUUUACCGAUGUUCAAUCAGUUCUGCCUUCAGUGUUCAAUGAAGCAGAUAUUUCAAUUUUGAUAGAAUUGAUAAUGACACCUCAGAGAAAACAGCAAAUAAUAGUUCUAGACAAUUUCAUUGUUAGUUUAACAUUCAUUGAAAAACUGACGGAACUUUGCAAAUCAGUAAUGGAAGAGAAAGCCAAUAAAUGUGUUGAAUCAGGUUUGUAUCAAGAGUACAAAAUUAAACUCCAGAUGGGGAGUCAAAGUAAAAUCCUCAAAUCUGAAGAUUUUGAAGAGAAAGUGGACAAACGCGAGGAGAGGAGAAAAAAGGCCGCAGGUGGUAAAUCUGGAGGAGGCACACAAGGCAGGGAAACGAAAACAAAAUCUACCAAAAAAGUGAAGGGAAAUACAAAAAAUUUAGAUACAGUCAUCAUAGAUAACUCUGAUAGUAAACAACUUUUUGAAAUAUUAACGAAAGAAGAUGUAUUGAAUUGCAUUGAAAAUACUGUGAACAAUGCAGGGUUGGAUCUGAUCAUUGAACAGAUUGUAGAACACAUCCUUGAGAAACUGAACUUGGAAGCUUUGAAAAUUGCAGAGAAUAUUUAUGCCACCACAGUUCUGGAUCAAACAGCAAAUAGGAGACAUACACACAAUGAACUACAACAAAAAUUAAAUAAUCUCAUCAGUGACAUAAGGUUAUUUGAGAAAGGAAUCAAGUUACUACCGGCAGAUUUGCAGGUUCAACUUUAUAAAUACUUACUCAAAUCUGUAUGCACCGACAUUGUGAACGAAAUUUUAACUUAUGUUGCGCAAGAAAACAACUUGACAGCUAACUUUACUAAUAAUGAUCAAAGAAUAAAAUUCACUAAUGAGCUACAACCAGAUAUACGUAAUCUACUCUUACCUCUCGUAAAAGCUCUAUCUUCCAAAAAUAUCGACGAUUUUAUGGCCGUUAUCGACGACGCUCUAGGGGCUUGCAGCAUGAUACUGAAGAAAAUCGACAAGAAGAAAGAUAGGGUAAUUGUUCUUAACCACAAGCAGAAAUUGUUAGAACAGUUAAACAAAUGCGACGAUCCUGCACUCGUUUUACAUUUGGCAGUCUUGGUGAUUUUUACCACAGCCACGCAAUGUAUGCUGCACGCCAGCGGCAGGCAUUUGCAGCAGAUUCUGACAUAUUUAAAGCAGUAUCUAACUCCUGAACAAAUUGGAGAAAUGACCACUUAUCAUGAUUACGUGACAUUAAUGUUGAGUGGUGGAUCCGAGGAAGAAAAUGUUCGACAAAAACUCAAAGAGAUGAUUCCCAUAAUUAGGAACAUAGCAAAUGAAUUCAAAAAGCCAACAUCAGAGAAGAGUUGACUGGAGUAAUUGAUCAUGUUGAUAUAUCUGAUUAUUUGUAGAUAGUUCAGAAGUUUAAUUUUUGUUUGCAAAUAAAACUCAAUUUAUAUGUU